CAUAUCAUUGUUAUAAUCUUGUAAGACUGCUAGCAACGUUCUACCAGAAUGAUCAAGUGUACAAUUCACUAAAAUAGAAUGUUGACGUGUAUUAAGAUUUUGGUUGAUAAAUAGACAUUUAUUUGUAAUUAACGCCAGGACAGAAUCUCAGAAUGUAUACACUUCAAACGACUACUUUGUUUUUAUUCGGAUUUUUUCUGCAUUCAUGCAAAGGCGCAGAGUGUGGCGGGGUCCUGACAGAUCCAUUCGGCGUCAUCACGAGCCCCAACUUCCCGUCAUAUUACAGCAGCAAAACUCAAUGUACCUGGGUCAUCAAGGCACCAGAGGGAAGCCGGAUCAAUGUAAACGUUACAGACUUUGAAAUGGAGCACAACCCAAAGUGCAGUUUUGACUACCUGGAGCUAUUCAACGGACCUAACGCCUCCUCUCCGCCAAUCGGAAAGUAUUGCGGGACAGCGCCACCUAAGGGAUUCGAGUCGCAGUCGAACUCGGUCGGUAUUGUCUUCAUCACAGACCACAGCAAAAGUGCGAUGGGUUUCCGGAUGACUUACACAUUCACACAGGACUGCCCACAUGAACGUAACAGCGUAAACUGUUCCAAUCAAUGUCAUUGCCUUGUGGGCCUAUGCGACGGUGUUACGGGUGCAUGUGGAAAUGGGGUCUGUAAAGACGGAUGGAAAGGAACAGCGUGUAAUGAAACAUGCCCACAAGGAAGUUACAGCAUUAACUGUUCCAAUCAUUGCCAUUGUCGUGUGGGCCCAUGCGACGGUGUUACUGGUGCAUGUGGGAAUGGUGGCUGUAAAGACGGAUGGACAGGAAUAGCGUGUAAUGAAAAGUGUGGCGGGGUCCUGACAGAUCCAUUUGGCGUCAUCACGAGCCCCAACUACCCGUCGAAUUACAGCAACAAAGUUCAAUGUAUCUGGCUCAUCAACGCACCAGAGGACAGCCGGAUCAAUGUGAACUUUACAGUCCUUGAAAUGGAGCCCCACCCAAAGUGCAAUUUUGACUACCUGGAGCUCUUCAACGGACCUAACGCCUCCUCUCCAUCAUUCGGGAAAUUCUGCGUGACAGUGCCACCUAUGGUAUUCAAGUCGCGAUCGAACUCUGCCCGUAUUGUCUUCUCCUCAGACUCCACCGUUAGUUCGAGGGGUUUCAAUCUGACUUACACAUUCUCCGUACAAGAUAUCUUUUACAUGGGCUGUUAUGAGGACAGCAAAAACCGAACCCUUGCAGAUUAUGAUUACCAUUCUAAGUCGAACUCACCAACCGAAUGUUCAAACAACUGCAGCCACUACAAGUUUUACGGAGUGGAGGGGACGACUCAUUGCCUCUGUGGUAAUGCGCUUCAUUCUACAACCAAAAAGCCAGAGUCAGAGUGUUCCUUUAUUUGUCCGGGCGACAGAAGCCAGAUAUGUGGCGCUGAUUGGAGGAUUAACAUAUACAGUCAUGGGGAUUGCCCACUCGGAAGUACCGGCGUUAACUGUUCCAAGCAAUGCAAUUGCCGUGUGAACCCAUGCGACAAUGUUACGGGUGCAUGUGGAAACGAUGGCUGCAAAGACGGAUGGACAGGAAUAGCGUGUAAUGAAAGCUGCACACUCGGAAGUUACAGCAAUAACUGUUCAAAGCAAUGUCAUUGCCGUGUGGGCCCAUGCGACGGUUUUACGGGUGCAUGUGGGAAUGAUGGCUGUAUAGACGGAUGGACAGGAAUAGCGUGUAAUGAAAAGUGUGGCGGGGUCCUGACAGAGUCAUUUGGCGUCAUCACGAGCCCCAACUACCCGUCGGACUACAGCAGAAAAGUUCAAUGUACCUGGGUCAUCAACGCACCCGAGGACUACCGGAUCAAUGUGGACUUUAGAGACUUUGCUCUGGAGUACCACUCCGAUUGCAAUCAUGACUACCUGGAGCUCUUCAACGGACCUAACGCCUCCUCUCCGUCAUUCGGGAAGUUCUGCUGGACAGCGCCGCCUAAGGGAUUUACGUCGCAGUCGAACUCGGCCCGUAUUGUCUUUUCCACAGACUCCAGCGAUAGUGCGAGGGGUUUCAAUCUGACGUACACAUUCUACGCAGAUUGCCCACUCGGAAGUUACAGCUUCAACUGUUCCAAGCAAUGUCAUUGUCUUGUGGGCCCAUGCGACAGUGUUACGGGUGCAUGUGAAAAUGAUGGCUGUAAAGACGGAUGGACAGGAAUAGCGUGUAAUGAAAAGUGUGGCGGGGUCCUGACAGAUCCAUUUGGCGUCAUCACGAGCCCCAACUACCCGUCAUAUUACAGCAACAAAUUUCAAUGUACCUGGGUCAUCAAGGCACCAUUCGGAAGUCGGAUCAAUGUGAACUUUACAGACUUUGAAAUGGAGCCCCACCCAAAGUGCAAUUUUGACUACCUGGAGCUAUUCAAUGGACCUAACGCCUCCUCUCCGCCAAUCGGAAAGUACUGCGGGGCAGCGCCACCUAAGGGAUUCCAGUCGCAGUCGAACUCUGUCGGUAUUGUCUUCAUCACAGACCACAGCAAAAGUGCGAUGGGUUUCCGGGUGACUUACACGUUCACACAGGAGUGUGGCGGGGUCCUGACAGAUGCAUUUGGCGUCAUUACGAGCCCCAACUACCCGUCGAAUUACAACAGACAAGUUCAAUGUACCUGGGACAUCAACGCACCCGAGGACUACCGGAUAAAUGUGAACUUUAGAGAUUUUGCUCUGGAGCACCACUCCAAUUGCAAUCAUGACUACCUGGAGCUCUUCAACGGACCUAACGCCUCCUAUCCGUCAUUCGGAAAGUUCUGCGGAACAGCGCAACCCAGUGGAUUUCAGUCGCAAUCGAACUCGGUCCGUAUUGUAUUUUCCACAGACUCCAGCGAUAGUGCGAGAGGUUUCAAUCUGACGUACACAUUCUCUUUACAAGCAAAUAUAUCUAUUUCUACAACGGAGCGUCAACAUGGCCAUUCAGAAGAUGGCAAGUCUGCAACGUUACCUUCGGUCCUCGGAGUCCUCGGAGUUGUGCUUGUUGCUGCUAUACUAUUUGCUGUGGUGUACAUUAGACGACGACGUUGCCAAUCCGCUAGAGGGGCCUCUGAUAAUACAGACUUGUUAACAUCCAUGGAGCCUGGCAACUAUGACUGCCAUGAAAUGCCAUCCCGUGGCCAACAGGAAAGCACAUAUUAGAAUGCUGCAGAUGGUUACGUCACUUUGACGAAUUGACUUGGUGAAUAAAAUAUACAAAAUAAAUUGUCCGCAUCCAAUGUAUACUUUUGUAUAUAACAUUGUACCAGAUCCAGAAAUUUGUACUAUAUACGACAAAAAAUAACAAAACCACAUGCGAGUUUCUUGACCGAGACACGUUAUCGCUCUGAACAAACACCAAACAAAAAUAAACGCAUGUACAUACAUUAGUCUGAUAUUGAAACUACUACUGAUUGUUCUACCAGCUUCUACAUAGAGUCUCUUCUAACCAACCUUAACAACACCAGUCCCAGCACUUCAUUAAUGAUGGCGCAGGUUACUUUGACAUCAGCGGGUCAGGCAAUAUACUUAACCAACAAAACCUACCAACAUCGUGUCAUCCCCUGUUCGAGGGGACGGUAAUGCAAAAAGAUUUGUUGAACAUUGACAAUAGUAAAUAAUUUUAUGUUUGAGAAAUAUGUGUAAAUAUUGUUUUGAUCACCCAUCUCUUUUCAUCAACCAUAGUUGACAUAUAAAGUUCAUCAACAUAUAUCAACGACUGCUCUUAUUUAUUUCUACUUGUAUUUGAUAUUUUAUAUUUAUCCAAUUGUGUAUUUAGGAGAAUACUGUUUUACCAGUUUUCACGUUAGUAUGCACAAUGCUUCGCUAUGCAUAGUAAUAUCUUGAUGUAUAGCUCGAACUUCUUUGAUCAAAUCGAUAAAUAAACAUAAAAAACAGCCUAACUCACCCCAAUUAAUAAAUGUAUAUCUGUUUAUAUUCAAUAUCAAUUGUUUGAUCAUUGCUUGUACUAAAUACAUGUUAUGCAGAGUUAUGCUUGAGUAUUGAUACCAUUAUAAUAUUCCUAAUGCACAUGUAUACAAGUAUUGUAUAUGAAAUAUAUUAUACGUUGUUUUUUUGUUUGUUUAUAAAGUGCACAAUAAAGACAACAAACGAAUAUUUAUGUUUACAAGAAGAUCUGCAUGACUUUGUAAUGGUCCGACAUGUAGAUGUAAAUAUAUAUGUAUAAAUUGCAUAAUUAUUAUAUUAUAUGUUCAUGUAUAUAUUAUAAAUUACUGUUAAUAUUUUAACUCAAUGUGUGACUGCAUGCGUGGAUGUUACGAAUGAGUUUUUAUAACAUUGUAAUAUGCAUUAUGUUUACAAUUAUUGUGCAUGAAUUAUAUAAUCAAUUUCUUGUUAGUUUUUAUAAAGUUCACAAAAACACAACAGAAUAAUAUUUAUGUUAACAAGGAGAACUGCAUGACUAUGUAAUUUUCUGAUAUAAAGAUGUAACCAGACAUGUUUUAGUUACAUAAGUAUAACAUUUUUUCUUUCAAGAGUAUAUUAUGACUUCCUUUUAUAUAUGUUUACUCCAUGUGUGAGUGCAUGCUUUGAUGCUUAGGUGUGUGUGUGUGCUCUUGUACAAGCGGGACACUAAGGACUUCAGUGAGUAUGCACACACACGAGUGGGCUCUCAGUGACAGAAUGAGGACGUCCUUACUUGUCAAAAUACUUCUAUAAAUACUUAUAUAUAUCCUUUAUUAUGCAUAUUUGAUCAUCAAAAAAUAAUAAACUAACCAUAUAAUA